GCGCAGCGGGAAGCGGGGGUGGGAAUGGGUCGCCCUGCUCGCGAGGCGGCGAACGCUCUGGAGGCAGGAGGCCGAUCCGGCAGCUCGGGACCGGACCGCAGGGCACUGACCGCGGCCGGGGCGGCGGCUCGGAAGAGCUUGGGUGGCCGCCUCGGUGCGCUCCUUCCUCCGGGCCGGGGGGCAGCGCGCUGGCCUCCAGGGACCGGGGCCUGAGCGGCAGGCGGCGGGGCUGCGGAAGGCUGUCCCGAUACUGGCCAGGCCCUGAAGGAAAACCCGUGGUCGUUGGCAGCCGGGGUGAGGGGGCCCGGCCUUCCCGGGAGAGUGGGGUACGAGGAAACCGGUGGGGAGCUCCCCGUGCGCCCGGGCCCGCCGCGCCGAGGCCCGCAGGCCAGGGGUGGGGGCGCCUUGGGGACAGCUCUGUUCGGCACCUGGCGCGGCUGCGGUGGGCCCGGCGUUCCUGCAGAAGCAGGUGUGGGGUGUCGUGCUGUCCUUCAGGUGACGUCUCAGCGCUUUUCUCCAGGGACUGGAGAGGGGCCCCUCCGCCACCUGCUUCCAGGGCACCUUCCGUCAUGCUGGUUGUCAUCAGUGGUUCACAUCAUCAGCAUCUGGGAGGUGGAGACCAUAUCAGUCCUCAUUCACUGGCCCAAAGGACAUGGGAGUCACUGGGCUUCUCUUCCACCCCCCUUCCAGGCAGUUGCGGCUGGGACCUCCUACCUGGGCUGCCAGUCAAAGAGCAGGAAGCAGCGAUGUCUGCCAUGGGUCCUGCAGCUCCACACCUGCAUCGCCCUGGUGACAGUCACAGUGGCUGCAUGAGUUUCCUGGGCGCCCAGCUGCCUCCAGAGGUGGCAGCAAUGCCCCAGCUCCUGAGGGACCUGGACGGGGGCACAUUCAGAAAGUUGCUGAAGCUGGUGGUCAGCAGCCUGCAGGGGGAAGACUGCCGUGAGGCUGUGCGGUGCCUCGGGGCUGGCGCAGACCUGCCUGAGGAGCGGCUGGGCGCCCUGAUCGCUGGCACACACACCCUGCUCCAGCAGGCCCUCCGGCUGCCCCCGGCCAGCCUGAAGCCCGAUGCUUUCAAGAACCAGCUCCAGGAGCUCUGCAUCCCCCAAGACCUGGUCGUGGACUUGGCCAGUGUGGUGUUUGGGAGCCAGCGGCCUCUCCUGGACUCUGCGGCCAGGCAGCAGGGGGCCUGGCUGCCCCACGUUGCCGACUUUCGGUGGAGGGUGGACGUGGCCAUCUCCACCAGCACCCUGGCCCGCUCCCUGCAGCCAAGCGUCCUGAUGCAGCUGAAGCUCUCGGAUGGGUCGGCCCUGCGCUUCGAGGUCCCCACGGCCAAGUUCCAGGAGCUGCGGUUUGCUGUGGCCAUGGUCCUGAAGGAGAUGGCCGACCUGGAGAAGAGGUGUGAGCGCAAACUGCAGGACUGAGCCUUGCUUGCCGGUCCCCUUCUGGUCACCGAGGAUAGCUGGCUCAGACAGGUGUCUCCAGAGCAAAGGCCGCCCUUCCCAGGAGGCACUCCAGUGAGUGUUUGAGUAUAAGUCGUGUAUUUCUCUAAGUGAAGAAGACAGCUGUGUGUUUCCCUUUUUUUGCAAGUAAAGCAGCUACACAAAA